GCCCCCUCUCUCCACAUCAUUAACCAUUCAAACCAGGUAGAGCAGCGGAAGCCAACCCACGUCUGGCCGGUCAUCCCUUUCCGCUGCUAUUUGUGUGUGUGUGAGCGCAGCGAGCUAACGAGGAUUGUGUGAUUCCUCGCCAAGGAUUAGCGGGGUUGGUUCGUCCUCAGUAACAUUAGAGACAGUGUCACGGCAGCUGCAGUUAAAUCAAAGGCUUUAGCUCGCUUUGUUGGAUGGUAACCGUUUAAUAUCCCUCUCUCUCCACUGUAAUAGCUGCUGUCAGUGCAGCUGAAGACUCGCCUUUUCGUCGCAUAGGUUACACGAGAACAUUGGGGUUUCAUUUUUCCCGAACGGAAUUAUAAAUGUCGGACCUCGUCAGAAUGAUGCACUGAAGAAGGACUAGGCUACAUGCAAGCGUCUGUCCAGAGGCUGCAGUAUAGCUGAGGGAUUGCGGCGCAAAGUUUUUUUUUACGGUUUCACCGUCUAACAUCAGUGGUUGGCUAUAAAGGGAGAAUCGUGAAUCUCGAUCGCCCUGCGCUCGGCGGAGACAUAAUGGCCACUCUACUGCGUAAAAUCGGUCUGAUUCGUCUUCACGACCGGGACACAGAGGACCCCAAGCAUCACCAGGGCUCGCUAAAGGGGACCAAGGGGAACACCAAGAACACCAAGCAGCACUGUCAGACUACCAACGAGACCAACAACCUCCUCAGCACCCCCGAGAUCAAAGCGAAGAAGCUGGACCAGCACAGCAGCAAGGACAAACCGUCCGUAAAGGAUAAGCAACAGGGCAAGGACACCAAGGAGAAACAGCAGAUGGGAGGCGGAGGAGGAGGAGGUGGGAUCGGGGUUGGGAAAUCAGCGACCAGUGCCUCGAUACCACCACUAGCCCCUCACCGGCAGCACUGCACCCAAGUCCGGACGAGAAGACUCAUGAAGGAACUCCAGGAGAUCCGGCGGUUGGGAGACAACUUUAUAACUGUCGAGCUGGUCGACGACAACCUAUUUGACUGGAACGUCAAGCUCCACCAGGUAGACAAAGACUCGGCGCUGUGGCAGGACAUGAAAGAAACGAACACCGAGUUCAUACUGCUGAAUGUCUCUUUCCCCGACAAUUUCCCCUUCUCCCCGCCUUUCAUGCGGGUGCUCACCCCCCGGUUGGAAAACGGGUACGUGCUGGAUGGCGGAGCGAUAUGUAUGGAGCUGUUAACCCCCCGCGGAUGGUCCAGCGCCUACACAGUGGAAGCCGUGAUGAGGCAAUUUGCCGCAAGUCUCGUAAAAGGACAGGGGCGUAUCUGCAGGAAAGCAGGGAAGUCCAAGAAGGCGUUUAGCCGCAAAGAGGCGGAGGCCACCUUUAAGAGUCUGGUGAAGACCCACGAGAAGUACGGCUGGGUUUCCCCCCCUGUGUCUGACGGCUAAGGAAAGAGGUUGGCCAUGACGCUAGCUAGCCAUGCUAACCACGACACACCACGCUAAUUCAACUCCUCCUCCUUCUCAACUCUACAGCUCCAACGCUCCAGUUGUUUUGUUUUUAGUUUUUGUUGUUUCAAUCACCUCACUGAAACUCUUCAGAAAAAUGAACAAACGAACGCUUGUCAUCGAGGUCUACUUCUUCACUUUGCCGAUCAUUGCCAUCAUCAAGUUGUCAUUUCUCCACAUCCCUCCAGCGCUGCACUCCUCUGUCCUUCGUUCCCGUUCCCUCCCUCCUUCACUUUCUCUUUCUCUCCCUUCGGCUGAGUGGAGGGUUCAGAGUGAGGUGUGUCUGUCAGUGGAGGGUGUGUCAGUGGAGUGUGUGUCAGUGGAGUGUGUGUCACAGCGGGCCAUGGAUUGGGUUUCCGACACGCACACACACACACCCACACACACUGAGGGACAUUCAGACAGACUGUGUGUGGAUCUGCGGGUAAAGACUGUGAAAAACUACUGCAAAGAGGGCGAUGUAUUCUCCUCUCCAACCUUUACCCCACCCUCCCUGCUCACCUUCCCUCCACUACUCUCCUCCUCUCAUCCUUCUCUCCAAGCUGACACUGCACUGAACUGUAGUCAAACUUUCCUUCCCCUCUGCCUGCUUGAUCAUUUACAUACAAACCAGCCUGUUGAUGUUUAAUAGACUGGCUGUGCAGGACGGCAACUCAUGCAUUCACCCCUUCUUUAUCUCUUCUUUAUCUCUUCUUUAUCUCUUUAUCUCUUCUUUUUCUCUCUGUUCCUUUCUUUUCCUUUUGACUGUGCUGUUUUUCACAGUUCAAUGCAACAUGAAGAUUGUAAUGUAUGCAGAGCUGUGUUCUCUAUCUCUCUCUCUUUCUAUUGUUUGUUCUCCUCACUCUCAUUCUCUCCCUCUUUGUGGCUAAAUUUAGACCUCACUGUGUUGCGUACAUGGUUAUUGAUUUCUAAUGGAGAAAAAACAUUACUUGUUUUAUACCCAGAGACUCUGUACGAUGAAGAGAAUGGCAGUCAACUACAGCUCUCUCUCUCUCUUCACUCUCUCUUUCCUCUCUCUCUCUAAUCUUUCUAGCUCUCUCUCUCUCUCUCCACUCUCUUUCCUCUCUCUCUCUAAUCUUUCUAGCUCUCUCUCUCUCCCCCCCCCCUCUCUCUCUCUCGUCAUAUUAUCAUGUGUAGGAGAAGACCAGCAGCUAUAAUUCCCAUGGUUUAGAUACCAGAUGGUCGAGCUAAUAACCAGGCACAUGAAGGGUGUGCGUGCUUUCAUGCAUGUGUGUGUCUCAACAUGGCUUUUCAUUGUGUUCCUGUGUGAUGCUAACUGUACUAUGCUGAUAUCUUUACCGUCAGUAUGCCAGUAAUGGUUUUAGUACAUUAUUACUGUAUGGAGAUGUUGUUACAAUGGUGAUGAUGAUGAUGUCCUGACCAGAGGAAAUUAUUAUCUCUACUAGUUCCCCAUAGGAUUGUACACCACACACUUCAGAGUGGCUAUUUUGAAUUGGCACAUCACACACACACUCCUCAACAUUUAGCGCUGAUAUUCAUACAUGUGCACGCACGCACGCACGCACGCACGCAUGCACACACACACACGAUACCCCUAAAUGAGGAUGGACAAAGCAGAGCCCUGGUGAGGAUGGAGUGGUGGAAUAAUAAACGAGUGUCCUCUGAGAGAUGAGCGUGUCUCAGUGAGCUCCUGAUUGAUGUCUGGAUUAGAGGGAGGAAGAGAGGGAACAUGGGAGGAAGAGGAAGAGAGAAGGGUGCGUGGCAAGCUUUGAUGUUUCCCGCCAGCUUCUCAAAAUGUCAGCUGGAAUCCAAAAUGGCUGAAGAGAUGCUUGUGUGUGUGUGUGUUUCAUAACAAUUACACACACACACACACACACACACACACACACACACACACACACACACACACACACACACAUCCAACUCUGCUCUGACAUUCUGUCACUCUCACUUCCCGGAGCUCCGCACAUCUAAUCUUUUGCUUUACAUUGUGUGUAAGGCAAUGUUCAUACAGCAUGUUAUACAGUAUGUUCAUCAUCAGGGGAGAUGAUCAUGUGUGUGAGAGGGGUUGCUGUGUCUGUGAUGCUCCCUUGGGAAAGUUACAGAAAUCGCCAUCUGGUAUCUAAUCAUGGGAAAGGGUAGGUUUCAAAAUGGUCCCCUACUGUAUUAACCAUCUAGUGCACUACUUUUGACCAGAGCCCUAUGUAGGGAAUAGGGUGCCAUUUGGGAUGAGGCAUAAGUCAAUGCUGAUGACGGUCUUCUCUCUUCUUUUGUGGGCAGUGAAGUCAGGGUUGGCUGUGGGUGUUUCACUGGGCGUUACGAUGAGAGGAGAAAUCUGUAAAGUGAACAAUUAAUAGAAGAUGAAAUAUCUCCAAAUUGGGUGUUUGCUGGUUUAAAAAGUAUCAUUUUGUGAUAUAGUUUAGAUCGGUAGUUUGCAGACACUAACUGAGUGAAUCGAUUCUGUUGUAUUAUAUCUGCAUGUGGUAAGUGAUUGGUAGCUAGCUAUCUUUUUUUCAAGAAAAGCAACGAAAAAAGUCGGGGUAAAAAGCGAACAGUAAAAUGCUUCUCUUCUCUUGUUCUCUUGAUUUCUGUUUGUAUAUUUUUCUUUCCGACUACCCUAAAAAAUAGUGUCACGUUGUGGUCUCUGAAUGUUUGUGUUUUAAUUUAUUUGUGGUUUGCCAAAAUGAAGAUUUUGAAGCAUGUCGCAGGUAUUGUCACAGAAAAAGAGAAAAAUAAAUCCGAACUAAGAAUGAUGAUGUGUAUCUGUGUCAGAAGGGUGUUCAGGUGUAUAUUUUGUGGGAGACUUUCAAGGAACCAGAUUAAGAAGGACUAGAUAAUGAUGUCAUAAAGCCUCAACAUUCUCCAGGAAGUAAUCUGUCACAAGGAGCAGAACUCUAUGGAGCUCAAUGGAACUGAAGGAUCAGUCAACUCUUGGCUCUCACAUGUAUUUCCUACUCUCCUCUGUGAUAUCACUGAUGUCCAUCCUUCUUUCUCUGGUUCCGGACUGCGUUACUGCUUGGGUAGAAGUUGCCCUUAGGCACAGAUCUAGGAUCAGCUUACCCUGCCUAAACCCUAACCUUAACCAUUAGAGUGGAAUGUGCAAAUCUGUUCCUAGAUCAGUUUCUAUGAGCAACUUCACCCUACUCCCGACGGAAGUGUCAGACCGAGGUCAACAGUUCAAAAGGUGAAAGGUCGUUGCAAGACCAAACAGGAAUGUGCAAUAAAAGUUACGGCUUAUUGAAA